ACCACAUUUGUUCGCACACAACCCGCACUGGCGAUAUUUAAGCAUCCGUCGUCUAAGCUCACGUUGUCGCGUGCCCAGACGGAAUUGGUGCGGAAGAACGCGCGCAACCAUCUGCGGAGACCCAUGGGGCCCCAGCACUUCGCCAACAUGCACGAGCUCCUGGUGGAAGUGAUGCAGGACAAACUGCGCUCGCGCAUGUCUCCCGGAGCGGUCAGGGCCUGGACGAAGCUGUUCGAAUACUGCCAGAAGGUCAUCGUACAGGUCUAUGCCGAGCACAAGAGGGCGAUCGAGAUGGGAAAACCCCACGGGAUCCUCAAUCCGCCGCGAGAGAAGCCAGCUCACCAGUAGAGUGCAGCCCGACAGCGAACGAGAUGUGGUUUGCAGGCCUUCUGCGCAAACCUCUGGCACUGGAGAGCGCUCAUUUUAACGUUUCUUUCCCAGAACAAGGACAGAAUGGUACAAUCCAAAAUAUGACUAAAGCACUCACAUUGAGUAGCCUGUGUGACAUAAGUUUGUUUCUCGA